AUGACACCUUAUACGUUCACGCGCCUUCUUUGCUUACUGGUGUUCGUGCAAUGGUCGUUUUUAGUGGAAGGGUCUCACUUCAGACAUGCCGUCAUGAGCUUUGUUCCGACAGAUGCUGAUAACAACACGGUAUGGUCCUUAAUUGCACGCUACUGAGCUAAUUUCAGAUAUUUGUUGUCUACCGUUUUGCAUGUCGUAUAUAAAACCUUGGUGGUACAGGUUGAAGUUCAAUUUGAUGAACUUGCCUUUACAUGUGUGCGGCUCGUUUUUUCUUCAGUUUGUAAACGAAACAUUGCAAAUGCAUAAUUGCCAAUGAACGUUUUCUCCGAAGCAUUUACUGAUGUGAGGUGAAUAAAUUUCACCACAGCUAAAGCUCUGGAAAUAGGAAUCGUGAAAAAGCUUCACCAAACAGUACUGUAAGUUUUUGGUUGUUAGGAGACAAAACUGUGCAUCAAGUAAAGCACGUUACAAACAAGCAUAUCCCUCUUCUCCAUGUGGCGGUAUUUACCUUUCUAGUCAUGGCUCCUCCGUUUACUGCUGAAGAAGGCAUGCCCCAGGUCGGAACAUUUAACAAAGCUGACUCCAGGCUAUCAAUAGAGAAUUUUGGGCGUUAUGUAUCUUGGUAUUAAAGGAAAUUUGCUUCCUGCAUUGAGUCCAACUUCAAUGGGCGUAUUUUUCUUUUUUGAUAAAAUAUCAGUAGUAUGUUGCAUUAUUGCUAUAUUUUGUGAUUUGGUUUCAAUGGCAUUCGAAUGCCUCGAACCAGUUCGCAUAUAAGUUUUUAUUUUGUCAUCCCCUCUUCUUUUUAUGGCUCUUUGCGCUUUGUUAAUUAAAAUGGAUGCUACAUAUUUCUGAACUACCGUGAUCUGCUCUCUUUCACUGAGACAGUUUGCAUGAUUGACGCUCUUUACUAAGUCUUUUCCUAUAGCCAUUGAUGAAAUUUGUAAACGAUUGAACCUUUGUUGGCUUUGUGUUUUUAUACUUGUAUCUUGAAAAGAAAAAACUGCUUUUGUAUGCCAGGGUUAAUCAAAAUUAGUUUUCUUGUUUGUAUUUUUUUUGUUAGUGUGUGUGCGCAGCAAGUCUUAACAAUAGUUGCUGAAAUUUUUUUUUUCAUCUGUUGGAUCACCUCUCAGUGAAGUGUUCGGCACAAUUCAGUGACUUUUUAACCUUACAAUCUCUUAGCGAGUAGGGAGCAGCAUGUUAUCGAGCUUCAAACUGUGCGUUUUUCUAUUCCUGCUUUGAUUUUUUUUUUCACGUUGAAGAGAUACCUAGCCAAGAAGAAAUCGAGUUCGCUCUUCUUUUGGCUCAGCCAGCUGUUUCUCUGGUUGUUCGUUCAUAUUCAUAAGUUUCUCCACACGUAUACGGAAGAGAAUUAUUAUCAAGCCAUGAUCUGGCUUAAUUUCCAACGGCCGUUUGCUAUAAAGCGCGACGGAGUUAAUCCUGCUCUUUUUCAUUGCAACUGCUUGAAUUAUAUAAAAGUUGUUUUUUUUUUUACUUUUUUAAGCGCGAUAUACUCAACCAAGAAGGAAUCACGCUAUAUCCUAUCUGACGCAACCAACUGUGGCCAUUUCUUAGAAAGACUGCGGUUUUUGUAAUUAUUUAUUCAUUUUCAUAAUUUACCUUCCAGACGCCAAAGCGCCCUAAACCACAUCCUCCCACUUUUGGUUAACAUUCCAGUUUUUCCGCUCGGCGGUUGACUUUCUUUUUUACCGUAGGCAUAUUUAAAACUUUCCACGACAAAGAGUCUGACGAGGGCAACUGUGUGUAUGAAGCACAUUUGAAGACCUGUCUUUUGAGAAAAGUCAUGUAACCGGAAGGGCAUUUGAAGAAUGAAAGCGCCCCCUUCAUCAAAAUGCAUCGAUGACAUAAAUUCAUUGACACUUUCCGUUUUCAGGAAAGAAAACAAUUUACAAUUGCUAUAGAGUUAAAAUAAUUAGACGUCUUCACAAAAUUUGUACAGGGACUAACGGCUAUAGAAACCUUCAGGACUUGGAGAAGAAAAUACAACGCUGCCUUCUUGAACCUGAACUGCUUCACCCACGGGUGUAGUGGCAGUAAGAGUCUAUUUGGCAUGGCUGUAUGAGUGAGAUACUGUUCCUUAAUUAAUUUUUCUUUAUGCGUUACGUUCCAUCGAUAUCACGGUUUUACUUGUUUUGUUUUGUUUUUUAAACUUGAUAAUGGGCUUUGACCAUCUAACAUGACAAAGUCAUUAUGAAAUAUCGUUAGCAUAAAUAGCUUGCCAUUUACGUAUGCAGGUGAUUAUAUCAAAUUUAAUUAUACUCGUUACUUAAAGGUCUUAGGGAAGACCGAAACUUGUAUGAUAUCUUUCUAUUUACCUUCCAGCUACGGUUUACCUUUCGUCUGGCUCUUCGAAGGUCAUAUUAUUCAUAUUACUGUGAUGAAAACACAAUUAACUUAGGAGGAAUUAUUGGAUCUGGAGGUUCUUGGACAGCGAAGUGCAGCGAUCCAUUCAGUGCAGUGUGUUCACCGAGCUAUUAUAUCGCGGACACUCGCUUUCGUUGUACUGACUUUAGUCGCAAUGAAGACUGGUCCAUGGGGGAAAAUAACUUCACCUAUACUUUUCCUUCUGGCAAUCUGGAGUGGAAUGUGAGGUGGGUCAAUAUGUGAAUUAGGAAAAAAAGAAACAAGUGAAAACUGACUUUUUAAGAAUCUUUCACUUUAAAGGCAACAGAAGGCCUCGAACAAACAAGAGCCGUUUAUAAUUACCAAAAUUAUCUUUCAACAUUGGGGUGGUUUUCCAAAUAUUAUAACGGCCGAAAGCCGUUACCAAGUUGUUGUUAUGACCCGAAAUUAUCUUCUUCUAUCCAUCACUUCAAUAUUCAGUCCCUCGAUUACUCCUUUCUUCCAUUCCUGUUAACUUUUUGGUAUGUACACUGACUAGUGUAUAAGGCUUUCACAUAUUCAGGUUCGUUGAUGUGGUGGCCUGUCUUCCCAAAUCAAGAUAACUUUCAGCAGUCUCAGUGUAUCUCAAAAACAUCCCUUUCUUUUCUCGUCGACAGAUACCAAAGUUGCUGUUGGAUUUCCAAUCUUGUGCGAUAUGCUGACUCACAAUGGUCGGUAUCCACCAAAAUAAGUCUCUCUAGACGAUCUGACAGCGGCAAAAUCAACUCAUCCCCAGUCUCCAAGAGCCCAGCUAUUGUACGAUUUCAACAGGGCUGUCACAAGUCUCUUACAAUUCCAGUUGAAGAUCCGGAUGGCGAUUUUGUGAAAUGUCGUUGGGCAACUAGCGCCGAGUCCUCCAUACCAAGUGAUAGUUUUCCUUACGGUGAACUUGAUGAGGUACAUUUAUGCCCUCUAAUUGUGUUAUUUCCCUUGUAUUAUAAAAACGGGAGAAAAUUUUAAACCUUGUAAAUUAGGAUGAUCACAACUUAAGACCCUAAAAGAUUCUUCCAUUACUUCCAUGACAAAAAUAUGGAUAACGCUUCAUAGAGGAAAAAGAAAUUUAGUCUUGUUUAUUCUUGAUGAAUGACAUCAACACGUAAAAGAAAGAAGGAUCAACAAACACACUGUGAUUUUCUUGUUAAUACUAGUGAGAUCUCAAUAUGGCACAUGUAUCUAAAUAUAGCGUUCUUUGCAGAAAAACUGCAUUUUAACUUACAGAGGUGGACUUGGAGCAUCGGGCACAUACGUAGUAACCUUAACUUUGGAAGACUUUCCAGCUGGAACCACAAACUUCAACAACAUCAGACCAUUCAGUGCUGUGCCACUGCAGUUUCUUGUCAUAAUAGGUGUUGGGUUUGGUUCUUGUCAAGACAUACCUGUUUUUACUUCUUCUACACCUCAAAAUGGUGAAUGCUCAGAGAUUCAGAUCGGGUCGGUAUACAAAGCAGUCAUUGAGGUGCGGCUUCCAAACGUCAGUAAACAGUAAGUAUUCAAGGUUACAAUUUUAGGGCAUCUGAGUUUGCCCUUUACAUCCAUGAACUGUUUAUACUAAAACAUAUCCAAAGGCACAUUACUUGUCUUGUUAUGUUUGCUGUUAACCUAGACUCUUUUCUCAAUGUUCUAAGUAUUGUCGAGAUAACCACAAGCUCUCCACUUGGAAUGCAACUGACACCAUUAAGCUCCCAUGGAGGCAUCUUCUUCAGGAAUGUCACGUGGUAUCCGAGUCAGAACCAAAUUGGGCAGCAGUUGUUCUGCUUUCAAGCUUUGGAUUCAGACGGGUAAGAUGUUCUCGCAUGUUAUGUAAAAGUUUUGUACUUGAAAUAAGGAUUUUGAUGAACUGAAGUUAGAUUGAUGUUUUUCAAGUUUUAAUAAGAAUUAAUGAUCACUUUUCACGACAAAGUAUAAUACUACUGGUGUUUCACUGGAAUGUUAGAUCUUCAUGUCGGCAGUAUUCUUAACUCAAAAUGCACCAGAGCAACUCUGUGCUAAUACAAGAUACAUGUGCUGGAGUACCGGUUCGAGCAAAAACAGUUCUGUGCCAAGUUAACUUUAGAGCAAAGUUCAUGUUGUGUAAAUCGGCUUGCAUUUAUAUUAAUGAUUCGUGUCAUUUACAAUUUACAGAUUACAAAGUGAAUGGCGUUGUGUCACGAUCCUUGUGGGGCUAAGUAAGUAAUUUUAUAUCCUCUGGAACAUUUCAGUUCAUUGAGACAUAUGGAUAAAUUGAGCUUAGUUGAUUUCUCUUUCCCUCUGUUUAAUCUUUAAUACUGUCAAGGAGUUGGCAGGUUCAUUUGUUUUUGAUGCAGACUAGAACCACACAAACAAACACACAUAAUAGUAAAAAUAGCGAAUAAUGAUAAAUGAUAAAAAGGCAAUAAUAACAAUGAAAUCAUAAUAAACAAAAAUUGACAUAAAAAGUAUAUCCAUUGAGUCAAUUACUUAUUCAUCUAUGAUUGAAUUACGAUGUACCAUUUAGAUAUUAAUUCAAUAUAAAUACAUUUAUUUUUAGGUAAUACGCCUCAUGUUAUUUUGGGUACACGAAGGCCAAUAAGUCCUAUAAGUGAGAUUGGAACAGGACUAAUAUGGUGGAGUAUUCAUUUUAACAGAGUGGUAAUCAACACCCGUUUUUUUACCUUUUAAAGAAUUACUUGUAUGUAGAUCCUUUAUUAGCAUUUUGAUAAUUUUCACGCUUUUGAGGGAUAGCAAGCACGUUAAUUUAUGACGAGGUAAUUUUACCCAGAUAUAACACCAGAUUCCCGAUACCAGGAAAUAAAAAAAAAUUACAAUUACCUUUUCGAAGAACUAACUUUCAGAUCUUGGGAGUUCAAAAGGUUAGGGAAACAUAUAUGGUUAGAAUACACUUAAAUUUAUGAUUAAGCUCGAUUAUUUGCAGAUAAAGAAGCCUCGUAGCUCAGCAUUCAUCCGAUUGGUUCUGCAGUCAAAUGGUUUUACCGUCUUCAAAGUGAAUGCUCUCUCUGGUUACGUUGUUAUCGACAGUAAUCGCACAGUACUGCAUUUUGCUACUCCUAAGGCUGCACUGAGUAUGAACGGUUCAUAUGCCAUCUUGAUAGAUCCCGGUGCAGUAGUUGGGCAGGGCUGCUCGAAUGAUGGUCCACCAACACCUGGUAUAACCUCACCCAUGGACUGGACCUUCCCCGUAGAUGGUGUCUGCCCGCUUGGUUAUGCUCUGGUUUCUCCAAGUUUUCAAAAGUGUGAGGGUACGUCCGCUGUUGUAGUAUUUAGCGAAAAAGUACUCGGUAUCUUUUCCCUACAUUGGUCCGGUAUGGAUUAUGAGGGUGCAUCAUCCCUGCUUCAAUCUCAACCGAUGCAAUAAAAGCCAUCUGCUGAUAGGAUAGACUUUAGUACCAAGCCUGUAAAUAUAUAGUGAAAAUGAUUGUCUUCAACCUAAAUAGGUUUUGUUAUAAUUAUUUUGAAAUAUUAUGUGCAUGAAGGAUAAGCUGUUGGAAUUGACUUAAUUAUUUUCCAGAUGAUUUUUUAGAAUGAAAUUGCUCUCCAUUAUGAUGCAUCAUCGUAUGGUAUUCUAGAGUUUAAAGUCGCAAAGAUCAGUCUGCAUUCUCACUUUUAAUAUUAUAUCAUUCUUUGCGCAGAAAUUCUGAUGUCUGCUGUUUGAGUGUAAAAACUAGUUAAAAACAAACAUUCAAUGAGAUCAAGCAGAGCCUCAAAAUAGAAAAUCAUAUUAAUUCAAAUAGUGUAAACCAUUUCAAUAUUUUAAAUUUAAGCAUGAACUCAAGUUUUGAUGUUUUUUUUUAACGAGAGUCUAUCCAUGUCAAAAUUUCUUUUCUGUUUGCAGAUAUAGACGAAUGCGGCGGACAUCAUCGGUCGAAACGUUCUUAUUGGUGGUACAACGUGUUUUCCCAAAAUUCAGGUAGAUAUCUCCACUGGUACCAUAAUUUUUUUGUGAUGCUUCCUCGUGCUAAUCAUAAUAAGGCCUCCCGGGUAAUGUUUCGAUUAACAGGAUCAUAUAAAUGAAUGAUAAUCGGAUCAAUAUCAGUAUCUGGGCAACUGCCCACCUAUCCCUCCCCUAACCCAACAACAGUAAAUUGAUAACAAGUUAGGGUGAAUGUUGGGUUAGGGGAGGGGUAGGUGCGUAGUUGCCCAGAUACUGACAUUGAUCCGAUUAUCAUUCAUUUAUAUGGAUCACCAGAAGAAGCAGGCUUACCUUGUCAGUUCUGGGAACAUAAUCUAUCUUAAAAUCGUGACUAAGUUGAAAACGAAAUCUCACCUAUACAUGCGCAAAACUAGAUCAUCAUCCUCUUCCAGUGGAACGUGGCAUACUAUGGCAGCGGUUUCUAAGGAGCUGAUUUCUCUGAAGUCCUCUUAGGGGCUGGUGUGAAAUGGUUCUCCAUCCAUUUGUCUUUGACCUCCUCUUCCAAUCCUCCAAAGAUAGCCCUGAGCACACUUUUUUGUCAUCUGUUCGCUAAUGUUACAUGCUCAUCUGUUCCCCUUUUCCCUCCUCCCUUCCACCCUUCUACCUUCACAAAUACCAGAUUGACGAACAGAACGACCAUAGUCAUAUUCUUUUUUUCUGGUUUUCAUGAAACUAAGUAGUUAAGUGCGGAUUAAAGUUUACUGGUUUUCGUUUCGUUAGCAAGAUGUGCAACUUGAAUGGUCUCAAGUUUGUAUUCUCUCGAUGAUCUUCACAAUUUACUGUUAUUGUACACUCCCCGGCAAAACAACUAAAAAUCACACCAUUUCUGUCUAAUCAUUCCCUUUAUUUCAGUUUGGAUCUCUUUGAAACUCAUUGUCUCUUCAUGGUCAAUAUAGCUAGAGACUUCGACAGAAUUUAGAACCUUGACUUUACGGAGGGUCUCAAUGGGGUUAACCGAUGGCAGUAAAACGGCCAAAAAAUUUACCCGUAAGGCGUAAAAAUUGACAGAUUUUAAUCGUUAGUCGUAAAAAAUGUUCACCGCUAAAAAAUGUACAGAAAUGGAAUGAUAUUAAUCGUACAUGUUGGCCGUAAAAUCGCCAAAAUUUUAACCGUCAGCCGUAAAAGCCAUCACCCCAUUGAGACCCUCUUUUAUUUGAACAGUUUCGUGUCCCGUAAUAAAAAGUAUUUAAAAAGUGAAUUAAAAAUUCCUCUCUUUUUCAGCCUGCAACGCUACUGGAGAAUUCAUCAAUUCUACCAGCGGUCACAUUUCCAGCUACAAUUUUCCCGACAACUAUGACCCAAACAGGAUUUGUACCUGGAAUAUCACGGUACCCAGAGGGAAAAUCAUCAAACUGACCUUCUUGAACUUUACCCUGGUGGCAGGUGAAAACGGUGACUGUGCUGGAGCGGCGGGAGAUAGUGCCCGAGUCUUUAUCACAAACGUUGCUUCUCAUAGAGGAAAACCUAAUGACUUUAAGAUCUGUGGUCAAAAGCUUCCCCCUCCUGUAUACUCCGAGGGAAAUUUCAUUCAAGUGAGAUUUGAAUCUCGCACUGGUCUUGUAAACAAAGGGUUCAAUGCAACCUUUGAGGCGAUAGAUAGAGAUUCACGUAAGAGGUUUUCUUCUGUUGUAUUUUCUGAAGGAAGCAUAGAAGUAUAUUGAGCAUGUACCCUGUUGAACUAAGCGGGAAUUUUGUUGAGUAUAACCUGAAAACAAUGAUGUGAACAAUCGAUGAACAGCUAUAGUCUGUAGAAAAAAAUUGAAUGUAUUCAAGCCUUUCACUUGGACACAAGCUGUUUAUAUUUCACGUCAUACGGAAAAUGAGCUGUCGGCGGUAUUGAAAGUUAACCAGUUAGUGUAAAAUCAACACUAAAACAGUUUUCGAAGCCUGACACAGUCUUUGUUACUCUUUUUAGUGUGCCCAACAGAUAUGAUCCUCAAUGAAACAUCAGGUUCUUUCUCCUCUCCCUUUUAUCCAAGAAACUAUCCAUUCAACCAGACAUGUAGCUGGAAGAUUAUAGGGAAACAAGGAUACCGUGUUGAGCUCACAAUACCAGAGUAUAAUCUUCAACGUUGUGAUGGCGCUGGUUGCUUGUGUGAUUAUAUAGAAGUUCAGAAUAGCUUCAGUGAUCAAGCACUGCCUGGAAAACUAUGUGGUACGCCAAGGUAUAUUCCUGUAAAAUUUUAUUCACUUCACGAAAGCUUGAGGGUGGUGUUUGUGUCCGAUGAUACAAACAUGGAUUAUGACGGAUUUGGGGCAACUUACAAGCUGUUGAACUACAGUCCUCCAAGUAAGUAGAGAAAACAACGACGUGAGAUCUAAGAGUUCGCUGAGAGAAUAUGUUACAUGCAAUAAAUUCACUCAUACAAGUAAUGAUAAGGAGCUUAGUUAAUAAGAGUGGAGGUUACCCAUUGUGCUUGUGUUCCUUCGAAUUUCAAUGUACAAUAUCGAUCCUGUGAAGUACUUUUUCAAGACUUAGCACUGAUAGCAUAUUUUUUCUUUAUUCAUACUCAGAUGUUAAAGUGUAAGAUAGUGUAAGCUAAUCGUCUGUAGCCCUGAGAAGGACUGUUGUCGGUACUACUGCCUGGUGUUUCGACAAUUAACCUGAGCGGAAGUCAACAUCAGAGUCUCGAACCCCUGGGUUCAAAACCAUUUCCUGAACUUUAGUGUGUCACUAACUCAAGAAAAUGUUAUUAUUAUUCAGAAGUGGCAGUCGAUGUGACAAACACUUUUUUCUCUGAGCAAAGGGGUCAUAUCGGUUAAAAGAACAUUCCUGCUUGGAACUUCUUGUGGUGUUUAUUUUCAUUUACAGACUAUUCGAGCACAACAACUACUUUAAAUGGUAGCUAUCUUGUUUCUGUUGUUGCUACCUAUGCCACUUCCACCACCACUGUCACCAUCAAUACCGUCUACCUCUAAACCUAUCCUCUGACACCACUGCUAUCCCUACCAUUACCACUAACCCUUACUUAUACAACUGCCACUUGCACUACCACUUUCGCCAACAUCACAACCACCUUGCGGCUAAACUGUUAUCACUACUAUUACCACCUCCAGUAACACUUCCUCUGCCACUAGCACUACUAAUUUCAACACAAAUUUUACUACCACGACCGCUACAACUAGUGCCAGUAUUUCCUUUACUAUUUUCACUACUUCUUCUAUUGUGGAGGUGGAGAAGGUAAGAGAGAUAGGGAAACUGCGGUCAGGCACUUAAGGGAUUUAGUUACGAAAAUAUCCUAUUAAAUUCAACUUAUACACGGGAAGGUCAUAGCCAGAGAGGUAGAUUAACUAAAUCACACAACUGUUAGUUACAUUUGUCUCACCAUAAUUCCUGAUCGAAGUCAACUUCGAAGCUUUUACGUGAUUACCAUUUUCUUUUUACAGGUAACAAACCUACCUCAUCUGCUACCAAUAUAUCACCUUCUCCAGGUAUUUUAUUAUUUUCUUUCUUUAUAAUUUUGGCCUUUUUUGUGAAUGCUGUUGUUGGAUUCCAUUAUAUUAUACAUGUUUUUUAAAUCCUCUCAAAGAAAAUGUACAUUCGUCUUCCGGCAGGGUUCACAACAGCCCAGUAGGUUGUUUAUUCUACUAUAGGUUGUCUAUUCUACCAUAGGAGUAAUAAAAGUCUUAUAUUUCCUUUUUGGUUGAAGCAACUUCUAUAUCUUCAACGGCGUCAGCAAUGCCAUCGGCUCUUCCAGGUAAGACAAGGAGUUUUAAUUAUUGUGAUUCUACCGUGAAACCUUAUCGACCUUGGUCGAAUGAAAAGUUAAAACUGAAAUAAUGUACAUGAAAAUAGAGAAACAAAGAUAACAUUACACUAAUUAUGUUUCAAUUCGGUCUGUUUCAGGAUCCUGUCUUUACAACUUAGGAGGCCAUUACGGAUAUUUCAGCAGCCCAAAUUACCCAUUUAACUACGACCACCAUCUUAAUUGUGUUUGGAUUAUUACUGUACCAAAUGGCUACUACAUAUACCUCCGCUUUGAUCAUUUCCAUCUGCAAGGUGGCCAUGGAAGUUGCCCUUUCGACUACGUGCAGAUAUAUGACGGAUCGUUUUUGCAAAGCCUCACAAUAAGACGCUGCUAUUAUCAAAACUCUUGGUGUGUUUACAGUCACAGCAACGUCCUUUAUGUGUAUUUUGUGACGGAUCAUUCUGUAUCCUACUCUGGUUUCACUGCUUAUUAUGAAAGAGUUCAUCAAACAUAUUAUGUCUGCCCGCGUCCAAGUGCAAGUAAGGAUAUGACCAGAAAGGUUUUCUAAUAGUAAUCGAUUUCCAUUAGAUUCUGCUUAUUAUUUAUUCGAUUUAUUUUGCAAGAAAAUAUUUACAAUAUCUAUAUUUGAAUAUAUACAAUUUUCUUCUUAUUCCUGGCGAGGAAGCUCAUUUCGAAAGCCUGGAGCUUAUAACUAAGACUUUACCCCCCAAAGACUUAAAACACACUUAUCAUGGGUGAACUAUUAUUAACUGAAGAUAGUUAAGGUAAAAGGGACAGUAGAGAAAACAAGCAAAAAAAAGUGAUUCUUAAGAAAAGUAAACAAAAAUACAGACACACGCACACAAAUAGCAAGCAAGCAGACGCGCUUAAAACAUUUCGCAAAAAAACGAGAUAAAUAUGUGUGUGUAUAUAUAUAUAUAUAUAUUUGAAGAGAAAAAAGAACAAAGAAAUACUUAUAGUCUUGAUUAAAAAAGCUUUGUCCACUAAAUUGUCUUUAUCAAUAUCAUUAGACGGGCUACAUAAAAUCAGGCAAACAUAAAUAGGUUAAGCAGAGCUCUUUUCAAAGAAAUAAAGGGUUAAAGGGCUUGCACACCCUUUCUUGUAGAUCCUGACUUCGUACCUAUAUAUUUUUUCAGUGGAGAAACUUAGCCACCAUGAUUAUUUUCUUCCCAUAGCUCACCAGUUGUCGUCAAGUGUUUUCACUGGUAUAUCUCCUUCACCAGGUACUUUUUUUCUUAUCCAGUGUUUUACUUUAUCGUUGAUUUUUCAUAUUGUUUGAAUGUGUGAGUUAUUGAUUGAAAGUAUUUUCAGCAAGUUUGUAGGAAUGCGACAUAAUCUCGUGUACAUUCUAUUUACCCUUCAGAGCUAAGGGGUUAGUACUUUCUAUUUCCCUAUAUUCAACUAACAAACAUCUUUUUUGGGGGUUUAUCCUUUUCGAGUUGCGUGUAUCCUAUUUUUGAUCAUGCCUCUUAUCUUCACAGCGUCGAUAUUACCAAUGUCAACAGCCAUGCUGCCAGCUUCCUCUGGUAAGACUGCAUGACAUUUUAGUAUCUCUUAAAUAAUCCUGAAUUCCCUGAUAUAUGCUUGAUGUCAAGACAAUAAUUGAUAGUCUAACUUAUGUUAUUGCUUAUUUGAUGACUGAUUUUUUUAGGAUCCUGUCUCUACAAUCUAUAUGGGCCAGAAGGAAAUUUUAGCAGUCCAAAUUACCCACAAAACUACGGCCACAAUCUCCAAUGUACUUGGCUCAUUACGACAUCACCAGGUUCUUACAUUUUCCUCCGCUUUGAUCAUUUCCAUCUGGAGGGUAGUUAUGGAAGUUGCCCUUACGACUACGUACGGAUAUAUGAUGGAAAUUCUUAUCAAAGCUUAACAAUGAGACGCUGCGAUUAUCAAGAUUCCUGGUGCGUUUACAGCCACAGCAACGUCCUCUAUGUACACUUCCAAACAGAUGGUUCAGUUUCCUACCCUGGUUUCACUGCCUUUUAUGAAAAAGUCUCUAAGAGAUACGUAGUCUGCAAAGUCAAUUCGAGUAAGGCUACGUUUAGUCUUGCAUUUAUCCGCAUGUAUGGUGGUAACCUUUCAAAAAAUUAUGCAAAGCAAUACCGAUAGACACACGCUCAAGUAAAAAAGAAAGAAAGACAGGUAGGCAGGCAGACUGACUGAGAGACAGACAAUUCGCUCUGACGAAGGGCAAACACUUCAAAUUGUCAGCUGUAUCUUGUUAUAUUUCUCCACCGACACAGCACCACAGUUUCUUCCAAACCUCACCCCUUUAAAUAAACAGAUAGUCAGACAAGAGACGAGACAACAGACUAGUAAGCAGACAUACGGAGAGACAGAUACAAAACGGGAAGAAAUCUUUGAUGACGGUUGUUGUGUCUGACAAAAAAUUUUUCAAAAUUAUGCGUUAAGGAGAUUACAGUACAUUUAGUACAAUAACAUAUGUCCAUAAUUUUGGGUAAGUAACAAACAAGCUUUGGAAAAACAUUCCUGAGGUGGCAAACGUGGUAACAAUACCUUUCCAUUUCUUUUUGCAGGUAUCUCACAAGGCAUAACACCUACUUCAGCUGGUAUUUUUCGUUUUAUUCUUCUUUUACGACUACAAAAACCACUUCUGCAACUACCAUGACCGCUACUACUAUUGCCGUUACCAAUACUACGACUACUUCUUCUACUAGUUUCACUGAAAAGCAAGGAAUUUGUGUUUAUAAGAAAUUAAAUAGAAGAAUAAAUACCAUCGAACAAAAAAACAGAAAAAAGAUAAAAAACGGUUUUUAACAAAAGGUUGGGGUUGGCAAACACAACUAAAAAAAGAAUCUGUAAACUAAAUAUUUUUACCUGUUGGAAUCGUCGUGUGUGAAAUUUCCCGAUUUUUUUCCAUUCAUCUAAAAACAUUUAGACUCAGUGAUGAGUUAACUCUUGAUAAUGAAUUCGAUAAAUGCGAGAUGAAGCCUCACCAAUUUUGUUCUCCCCACAGCUCCAUGGGCAUCCGCCAGCGCAGCUCCUUCAUUUGCUUCAGGUUGUAUUUCAACCCUUUCUAUCUCAUCUACCAUCAAAUGAAUAUAUAUGGAGAAAAAAAUAGUUUUUGUAAUAUCAACUUGGUUUUAUUAGGUAAUUCGGAAUAGAACUCAGUUUCUUUGAAUAUAUGGACUGUAAGGGAUUUUCAUUGGCUUAAAAGAAUCGAUUAAAAGCCCAUGCGAUUGGUUGGACACCUUUACCAAAAUGGCUCGCUAGAUUAUUAUUAUUAUUAUUAUUAUUAUUAAGCUGUUUGCAGAGUUCAACAAACAGCGAUCCACAAUUGACUUGCUUUAAAGUUUUUUGUGUGAUAACGACUUUGAAGGCUUUUAACAUCGUCUGACCAUGUUAAAAUUAGUAAUGCACCCUAUUUUUGAUGUUGUUGUCCCUUUUUGACGUUGCUGUCCCUUUUGUCUUUAUCAAUUUGUUUUCCUCUUUUGCAUUCAGAAUGCUAUUACCACUCAUACCUAACAGAGGCAGGAAGAAGGAUGAGUUACUAUAACGGCUUCAACGGAUAUCUGCAAUGUGAUAACUUGUUACCGUUUGGAUGGUAUCGAUUUGGUGGUGCAGCAGGAACAGAGAUGCCUACGUCCUGUGUAGGAAAAAAUCGAUGUGGCACCCAUGCACCGGGUUGGUUGAAUGGCUCGCACCCGCGAGUAACUGAUGGAAUUGUCCGUGCUAAAGUGUGUUUCCAUUGGAGUUAUGAUUGUUGCUUGUGGUCUGCCAAUAUCCGUGUUCGUAACUGCAGCGGUUUCUACGUAUACGAGCUUGUGCCCCCGCCAAAUUGUCACCUUCGUUAUUGUGGUAAUGGUGGAGGUAAGACAGACAGGCGUAAAAUUAAUGUAGAAAAACAACAGACAGAAAGAAAGACAAUUGCAAGAGACACACAAAUAUUAAGCAGACAGACAAAUGGUCGAGAGACAAACAUACAGAAAAACAGUAAACACAUUCAAAUGGACAAACAGGGACAAACGAACAAAAGACAAAUGGACAGACCGACCACAGAGUGCCACACAAAAAAUAAAGUAAAGCCAUGAGAGAGCGUACAAUAGAGACUAAAAGAAGGGUUGUACAGACAGAACGUAUAACUUAUAACCCUUUAACUCCUAUGAGUGACCAAGACAGAAUUUUUCCUUAAAAUAUCAGUACAAUAUCAGUCAGACAAUGAUAAGAAUAAAGAAAAAUAUCAAUUAGGGGAUUAUAGGUUGAUCCAAUACCAACUUCUCCAAACUAACAUCACAAAUGAGAUCUUGGGAGUUAAAGGGAUAACGAGUGAGUUUAUAGGAGAUACCCUACAUGUAUUUAUCUCAAUAGGAGUAAGAGGUUAGAUUGUUACGCUAACAUUUCACUUUUCAAGUGGUUAAGUUAUUAGCCUGCAUUAAAAGAAGAGGAAAGCUUGAAAUCCCAGUGAAUCAUUUAAUCAAUCAAUGAAUCAAUCGAUUAAUCCGUCAAUAGCUGAAUGAAUGAAGCUUACAUCUCUCCGAACAGUUAAAUCAUUGAAGAAACCUCGUUUUUAUUCGUUUAUGAGGAAAAGUAAGUUACAUUUAAAUUAAAGGUACUAUUCCUGUGGUUGAUGUAUAGUGAUGCUCAAUGAAUGUUCAUUUAUUUUGUUUUCAGCUCUUCACUCAACUAGUAUCGCACCUACACCCUGUGAGUAUCUUUUACUUUAACAUGAAUUAAGUUUCAGCUGUUAUACUUCGAUUGAUUUUUGUAAUUUCUCCGUACACAGGAGGAACUGAAAUGAGUGUGUAGGAUUAAACCGAAGACACUCUACCAUUUCUAAAACUUUUUAUUCCUCCAUUAAAUUACUGAAGACAUAGUCGUUAAAAGAAAAUUGGAUGAACAAUCCACGAAAUAUUCCUCAUGUCUAAGCCUAAAAGAGCAACAGUUUUGUCAGCCUUUCUCAUUGCGAUUAUGCAUUUUUUAAGAAUAAUACUUGGUGUUUAUGAAUUUCAACACUUAGCACCGUCACUCUUAUUAGUUCUUGCUUCUUAUAGCGCAGUCUACUGCAGCCGUUACCCCGGCUAUUCCUGGUAAGUGACGCGUGGUAGAAAUCAAAGAGAAGGUGAUAAUUUUUUAAUUUAAGUGAAGUUGUUAAUUUGGAUGCUGCAUGGUAUGAAUUUCUAUGUAGUUUAAUUGGAGCCCAUUACAAAGCUCUCGAUUCAGAAUUUAACGAUUCCGCUGACUACUAAAUCAAUGUAAAAGAUGUUGUUACUCAACGAAUGACACAGUAUACUCGGAGAGAAAGAACUCCGAGUGCUCCGAUCAGGAGUCGACGAGACGAGACGACCUUCCUAUUAGUGCUUCGGACGCUCGACCAUACACUGGGACUUGGGAGACUGGUGAUGGGCUGAGCCGUUUAACUAGGUCGAUGGUGGCAAACUUCUUGUAUAAUGCAAGAAUAGGAAUGCAAAAUGCAUGCUUUUGCGCGGUUAUGAUGUAAAUGAAGAUGGUAAAUUAAUUUGAAACUUGGUUAUGUAAAUGAACGCUGAGUCGAUGCUUUUUUCAGGGCCUAACACCUAUGCCUUAUCUAAUGUGAGGAUAUGCACUUUGCUAGAGCACACUUUCCAGAUAACUAUUCAGUGAGCGUGAAUAAAAAUAAACGAUCACUGUAAAACAUGGACCAAAAAACCCAUUUAAGUCCAAAGUAGUGUUUUUGUUUCACUAUAUGUAAAUUUCAUUUGCAGGAAACUGUUUCCAUCAUCUCAACCACCCUUAUGGUUUAUUUGAGAGUCCAGGCAAACCAAGUUGUUACCCGAACAACAAAUACUGCGCCUGGCUGCUCGAAGCUCCUGUUGGUCAAUACAUUGAUCUACAAUUCUAUUCUUUCCAUUUGGAAUACGGAGCUUCUUACUGCCCGUGGGAUUAUGUCGAAGUUCUUGACGGUAACUCAUUGCACAGUCCUAUUCUUGUCAAGGCGUGCGGCCAGUUGGCGUGGUGGAGAUUGUACAGUAGUGGAAGGUUCCUUAUGGUGCUGUUCAAAUCGGACAGUAUCAUCGGGAUGCCUGGAUUCUCUGCUUAUUACCGAGCUUCAUAUAGAAGUAAGAGGAAUAAAUCAAUUUCUUCAAAACUUUUCUUGAAUUACAAUGUUUAGAUGAAAGUUUCAUAGCGUAAAUGGAAUUUUUUAAUGGCUUCAGGUAAAGUCAAUUCGAAUUAAAACUUUAAAGCAAGUUUAAUAAGACGGUUUUCGAGGUUAGUCAAGUCGUACCUUCCAAGUAGUAAAUGUUUUUCACCGCAUUUUCGUAAUAAGUCUUAAAUACUUUAAUAGAGAGAACUUACGACUUACUCUUAGAAUCGUAAACAAUAUGGUUCACUUACUGUUAGAAGCCUUUUUUCUUAACAUAUACAAACUCAAGCUCUUCCUCAUACGCAGGAUACAACAUUUCAUUACCAAGCCAAGUGUCAAUAACAAGCCCAGUGCAGUGUUCUCCUACGCAGACACAAACUACCACUCCUGUCACGUCAAAUGGUAAGUGAACGAAACGUGUGCUCUUAACAAAUGUCAUUUUUAAUGACUUACACAUCUAUGCAACUUUCUUACCCAAACAUAAUUUCCUUUCAAACCUCCAGUUUGUCACAUAGUGAUCAUGUUUCGAAAAAAUUCUGUAACGAACGCACCAGUAAAUUAUCAGCAUAUAUUGACUUUGCCAUUGAUUUCCUUGGUUAUUUCAAGAAAUAACCUAGAUCCAACAAUAAUUUACAGUGAUACAAUACAAGGUAAACGAAAAUCGAACGGAGAAAGGACAGCAACAACGUAAUGACAGUUAGAACAGGUGUACAAAACGAAAAGUCGUGAAUAAACCGACAUAGAGACACUCCUGGAAACCCAAAAAUUUGGCGUGAAAACUUUGAAACCUUUCACAUCCAGAAGUGAUUAUUAUGUAAUUUCUCCCCAUAAUAUCCAUACAUCAUCCAGCAAACAGGUAAUGAGAAUACUAAAUCUUAUCAGAAAGAAGUUAUUAUAUUGAUCUAACACUUAAUUCUCUGUAGUAACUAAAAGGGAGAGUUAACAACCAGACUAUAGUUAUAACUAGUUAUAACUGAAACCACUGAAAGACCAUACAACAAGUACAAAAAUUUAUAAUUAAAAUUUUGAAUUAUGCUGAAAGACUUAACCGAAUAUACCAAUACAUUAACGGACUAAGGGAGGGAGGAUAAAAAUAACAGUAGAAGAACUGUCUAUGCUUGUUUGCAGUGCACGGAAUCCAACCGACACCUGCUUCUGCAAUGACAUCGACCUUCUAUGCUGCUUCAAGUGUAAACGUCCAGCCAAAUCCUUCCCAGUUCCAGUUUCAUUUACCGGCGCAAUGCGAACAAAGUUGUCACAACACGUUAGGAAGUUACACCUGCUCUUGCAUUAGUGGAUACCAACUGGCCGCGGACGGGAAAUCGUGCUUAGGUAAAAUUGAUUCUACAAAAAUAAGUUUUGAGACAUUUUGUUUUUGAUACAUUCUCAUAGUCUCGCUAAAUCGAUUUUUUUUCGUCACGAGCACGAUUAAAAUAACAGAUCGUUGUGUUUUUGAUGUUCAGCCUAAAUCUCUAUUUGUUGUUUGACGUGUGCCGGUCGUUUUAUACUUUACAAAGGUUACCGAUCAAUGAGCCCUUGACACCCAUACAUCAGAAUGCAUAUUCUCCAUACUGUUCUACAUACAUUUCUUAGUGUGUUGACAAGGAGAAUUUGUGUAACUUCAUUAGUUGGUGAUCAUUUCCUUUAUUCUCAUUGCCUUUAUGUGUGAUUCAGGGGUGAUAUUGUAAGGAGAAAUUAAAUCCUAUUCAUUCUUAGGGUUAACAAUAUAAACCUCAGAAUACCCUAAUUGCUCUCCUUCUCUCGUGCGCGCUUUCCGUUCUCCUUAAGUGCCCAUGGUAAGUUUAGCUUGCAAUUUUAAUGUUUGAGGUGGCUGAGUAUUUCUCUUCAAUUAAUUUUAUAACUUGUUUUUUUCCCUUUUGCGCAGACGUUGAUGAAUGUUCGAUCAGUAAUGGUGGCUGCAGCCAUCAUUGUUACAAUAUCCCUGGAUCAUUUUAUUGUGGCUGUCCGGAAGGAACCAGUAUGGGUGCCAACAAUUUGACUUGUGUUGGUAAGGAAUGCUAAGCUAAGCUUUCUGCAUAUGACUUCUGAAGGAAAAUUCUGCUUCUGUCUAGGAUGGGAAUAUAUAACGAUCAACAAUGAAAGACGACUGACCGUUCCUGUAAUGUAUGUAUAUUGGAAGGAAAGCAGAAAAACAUUGUGGAUGCGUGGUACUUUUUUGUGACUCAACUAUCUUAAAGUUUUUAUGGAUUAGGCACGAGUAGUUGGAAGACAUUUAAAUCUUGUUAAAUUUAAGGCUGUUGCUUUUUUAUUCAUCUUAGAACCUGGUGUGUCUGUUAACUGCAGUGACAUUAUAACGGUUGCCCUAGAAAAGAAGACAUUUCCAUUUUUUGACGUUGCCCGACUACACUUGAGGUACUCAUCAUGUAAAGCCACACAGAAUGACACCCAUUUGCUGAUCAACACUCCUUUAAAUGGUUGCGGAACAAUGGUCAACGAGACUGAAGAUGACCUUAUCUUCUGGAAUGAAAUCCGAACGGAGGUGAUCCUUAUCGACAAUGUCAUAACUAGAUCACAUGACGUCAAAAUUCCAUUUUAUUGCAGUUAUUCGAGAAGGAAAUGGGUCAACCUGGGUUUCAAGCCUCAGCAUCUACACUUUGGGACAGAAGGUAAAUGAAACUUUCCAGCUCUCAUUCUGAUCACUCCAAAUCAGCAACAUGUAUCUUUAGGUAAGGUGCUUUCCUCCUGAGGAUGAUCGAUGCUAUCCUUUCUUCUCUAGAGUGGAAGGCAGAUUUGUUUUAAAAUUUAACACGUUUACGUGCUAAAUGACUUUAUAUUUUCCGCUUUCCAGCUGGGUAUGGAAACUUUACCUUUAAAAUUGACUUUUACAAGAGUUCGUCAUUUGCCACACCUUAUACCGAGCAGGACUACCCUCUGAGCGUGCCAGUCAAUCAGUUCUUGUAUGUGAGAUACAGCGUAGAAUCCAGUGCUGAUCUGGUGAUAAUGGCCGUAACAUGUCGGGCCACUAAAACUGGAAGCUUGUACUCCUGGCCACAAUACUCUAUUAUACUGAAUGGGUAUGUAUGUUACUCAAACAGAUCAGUAUGAAUGAUCUUCCUGGAAAAAUACGCAAGUUUCAGUCAAGUAAUCAACGAAUCGUUUUUUUCAUAUCACCUACAUUUCGUCCUAUAAAGACAUCUGUAUGUUUUUAAAGGUUUGUAGUCCCCUGUGCUGCGAAAGCUAAAUUCCUAGUGCAAAGUAUGGAGGCGUUCGGUGUUACUGAAGGACAACCUCCAACGUUUUUCUGACUCUAAUGAGUAAGGCCAUCAUCACAUUAUUAUUCCAGAGAAAGCGUACUAUUACAACCACGAAAUCCUUUCAAUAUUUCCUUACCAAAUAUUCAAGCUUCUGAAAAGCUAAAAUUACCCAGAACGCUCUUUAAAAAGUUUUCUAGUGGCAGCAUGAAUUAGAAAGAAACAGACUCAGGUGACAAUGAGCAAAAUAUCCUACUUGUGCGCGUGAAUUAUAACUUACUUCUUACUUUGACUACCUACAGUUGUCCGCGAGACACAACCAUGGAAUACAACUUUGAUCCCCAAAGGAAUUACCAGCAGUUUAAAAUCAGAGCAUUCAGAUUCUUUAACGACUACGAUCAGGUGUACAUUCAUUGCGAAGUUUUGGCCUGUCAUAAAUACUCUUCAAACUCCAGGUGAGUUAACAAACUCGUACACCUACACUGAAAGCAUUCUUUUGAUUAAGUGUCGUCGAGGUGAAGUCUGUACUCGAGCCUACUGACCCGUUCAGCCGGGGCUUAUCCCAGUUUCCCUCUAGCAUGAAGCGACUAGAAGUAUGACUGCUCCCCAGUGGAUGUGAUGCAUUGCAAGGUUACCCCACAGCAUUUCAUUAGGCCUCCCUGACAGUUCGCGGAUACCCAUUUAUACUGAUGUUUCAAGCGUUAGCCCUUCGUUAGAGCGAUAGACGGAGGGCCAAUCUCCGAAACGUCAGCUUUUAAACUCUUUACAGUGGUCUUACUCUGAAUAAUGAUACGAACGACUAAUUAUUAUUCUAUAAAACUCAGAUUGAAUAGCUGAAUUAAGAUUAUAAAGCAAAAGUAAACAUUUUAUCAAACUAGAUCGAUUUGUCCCAGAAACGCUGUAGGCAAGGAGAUGCCGAAUAAACAUUUAUCACCGAGAAACAUCACAAUUACCCUUGAGAAAUUUGAGUGCAAUAUGAUUUCAUCACUCACAAAAAAAAGGCGUUCGAAGCUCAUUCAAAUCUUCCUCAACAACUUUGACAGGUGCACCCAAAGUUGUUUGGGAAGUAAGAAGAGAAAGCGGAGGGAUGUUACCCGCGACGAAACAGAACAUGAAGAGAGUACUACCAAAGUCACUCUUACACGAGGACCACUGAUCUUUCAACAGGACGAAGAACCAGGAGGCAAGUUCACAUAUAGUGUCAAAAGAUAAGGGUUUGAUAUACAAGUUUUUUCUCAAAUACUGCAGAGCUUGUGUUAAACAUGUCAAAAAUGCUGUCUUGCCUAAAUUUUAAAUUUGGGUAGUUUAUCACUGGUUCAAAACUAUAAAGAUGAUGAGAAAAACUUUCAAAACACAACUUUACUGAAAAAGGAAAUUCAGGUCCUAAUGUGUAACUGGCAUUUUCACUUUCUCUACUGUCAAAAAGAAAAAUAUUAGUAUUGAAGGAUUUUGAAAAUAGGUAAACUAAGGCAAUUUUAUAUCAAGUUAGCAGUUGAUUUCAGUUUCUUGCUUAUAAAUAUUAAGUUAUUUCCCUCUCCCUUUUCUUCAACUAAUUUCAUUAACAGAAAUAAGAAAAAUGAGAUUGAGUUAUUUGUUUCAAUUUUAAAUGUUUCCCUUUCUUCGGUUCUCACUUGAGAUGUGAUUCCUCUUCUGCAUUCAAAUUUCAGACACUGGUAAAAACAAGCAAACUGCGCUGAUUGGUGGCGUAGCUGCCGCUGGAGGAUUUGCUCUGAUUGCAGUUGCUGCAUUGGCUGUUUUAUUUGUCAAGUACCGCAUGGCACGACGGUUCAUAAACAGAAACAAGGUUGGAGACCUGUACACAACCCAAGAUGAACAGCUAAGCAGAAGAAAUGCUUACGUUCAGCCUGAAGACAUGGUCGAACAAGAAGACUCCUUCUAAAUAUAAGCUAUUCUUUUGAGCCCAGUUGCUCAAAGGACAGAGAACGUUAUACAACGGAUAAAUCACUAUCCAGUGAAGAAGUGUAUAUAAACUGUACUGUGCUAUCCACCGGUUAGGGAUUUAUCCAAUAAGAAAGCGUUAUCCACCCUUUGAACAACCGAAACCUGCAUUGCUUACUUGCCUCCUUAUCAAGCAGCGAAUAAAAAUGUAGUUUAAGGAACAUCUUGGCAGUUACGAGGUUCGAGUGUUUUCAUUGCAACCUCUGGUAAGAAUAAACAUUCUCAUCUACCUUCUAGGCAAUUUAGCCGCCUGAAAUUUACGUAACUUUUUUGUCAACCAACACCUUUACAGUAUGCAGUCUCUUCAAGACUGCAGGCCUUCCUUUGGAUAGAUCGCUUUCAACUAUAUGUAGAGAGAAUGUUUUUAAGAAUAUGUAAACCAAAACGGAAUAGAUCUUUGUGCUGUGCCUUAAUUUAAGAACCGUUCAUUGUUGAAAAGGUAUUUUCAGAAAGCGAAAAAAAUUGAAUGAGGUAAGUUGUUAUUAACCAAACUGGUCAUCAUUUCUCUUUUUCAAACCUGCCUUUUCAUUCGCAUUUUUGUGUUCAUUAGCUCCGGUCGUUUUAAAAUAUCGAGAAAAAUUAAAUGAGUAC